AUGCUGUACUUGCUCAUGCUGAUUAUGGUCGGACUCACGGUGGUCAGGUUCUCCGACCCGGGUAUUGUGCCGUACCGCCGCGAUGACGCCGAGAUCGAGUUUACCUUUUGGGAUGGCGUGGAAGAGGACGCAGGCUUUGUGGAGCGCAAGGUGGCCGGACACUGGGUUCAGUUCCCCCUCUGCAAUGUGUGCCAGUUCUACAAGCCGCCCGGCGUCGAACACUGCUCGUUGUGCGACAACUGCGUCAUUGGCUUCCGCCUCCAUUCGUCCGUCAUGGGCAACUGUAUCGGCGCGUGCAACUACGGCCCGUACGUCAUUGUUGUCCUCGCCGCCUUUCUCGAGUCACUGCUCAUCGGUGUCUCGGCUGUCGCCUAUCUCCGCUAUGCGCUAGUCGUUCCGCUCUCGCACACUGCGCUCGCCGUCGUCACCGCCGCUAUCUCGCUCCGCGUCGGCUUCCAGCUCUUUGACGCUGCAUCCACCCAUCUCGGCCUCCUCACCACCGCCUUCCGCACCUCGGGUAGCAUCUCACCUGUGACGCGGUGCGUCGGCGCGCUGUGCAAUGCCCCGCCGGCACCCAUCGACUUUCAGACCAUGACCGAGGAGGAGUCGUCCGAGGAAGAGCACUCGCCGGCGCUCGACGCUACCGCCGCCCUGCCCCAUCCUGCUCCUGCUGCCACCGUACAGCCUGUUCCUCGCGCAGACCUCAUCGGGGCCUCUGAGCCGGCCGCACCGCCGCACUCUCCGGGGCCGAUGGUCCACAGUACCGGGUCCAAGAAAACGGCAUAA